UCGUCGAAGUGAGCAGUAUCUUUCAUACUAGUCUAGCUAGCUAUGUUAGCUUGUCCGGCAUUCUUGUCCUGAUUCGAUUCGAUUCCGUUGAACUGAAGCCAUGGGUGGCAUACGGGAGGUACCGCACGUGGCUAUUGGCGGCAUCUUGCCCUGUGAAGUUGUGAACUUGCUGGCUGAUUUUGAUCCCUCUCACCAAUAUUGGCAUUAUGACCUUACUGGCUCUUAAGUCUUCCGACGGAUUACUGCGAGAGUGACCAAGAUUGCAGACAGAGACUGUCGAGCGAUCUGCUCUGGGCAAGACAGUCCUUCGCUCAGAGCAGAUCGAGACUCACAGUGUAUCAUCGAGAUCGAUUACUUGUAACAGAAUCAUACAAUAAUACGAAUAGGCUACACUGAGAAUGGUAUUGCGAAAGAAACCAAAGGGAUCGGCCCGUGUGCCAAAAUGGUGGAUGCAGGUGACCCCGCACAUUGUUCGAGACGAUCAUGGCAUCUAUCCUAAGCUCAGGUCGACUGGUGCAGGAGAUCGUAUCCGUAAGGGCAACUACCAAAAGAAAAAGGAUGAACCCGAGAUUCCAAAAGGCUCAAUCAGAAGAUUGGCAGACGACGCCAGUGUACCUGAUGUGCUCGGUCCCAGUGGACACAGCGCACACAGCAACCGAAGCGUGGACAGCUCCAAGGCCACUCCGGAACAAGGUUCUGAUCAAGCAACUACCGCAGGCUCUUCCUCUGCAUCUGUCGGCGCUCCCGCCCCAGCCGUCCUUGGGGCUCCUGUUCUUGGGGCGCCAGCACCAGCACCAGCUCCCGUACCAGAAUCUGCCCCGGCCCCGGCUCCACCUGCCCUCGGGGCUCCUGUCUUGGGUGCUCCUGUUCUCGGAGGCCCGGCACCAGCUCCUGCCACAACUCCAGCUGCCCUCGGGGCUCCCGUUUUGGGUGCACCGGCUCCCGCUGCAGCUGCCCCAGCUCCUGCCGACCUUGGAGCUCCUGCCGUCCUUGGAGCUCCAGUUUUGGGAGGCCCGGCCCCAGCUUCUUCGGCAUCUGUUGGCGCGCCCGUCUCAGCACCUGCUCCUGCCAAUGUCGCUUCUUCAGCAUCGGUCGGUGCUCCCGUCCUUGGGGCGCCUGUCCUUGGGGCACCCGUCCUAGGUGCUCCCGCCCCAGCCCCGGCUACACAGGCGGAAAUGCUGAAUUCACCAAGUAUGGGUACGAGUGGCGAGAUGACUGUAGAAGAAGAGAUCGUGGAAGAAGUAUAUGAUGAGGAAGUGGUCGAGGAAGAAUAUCUUGAAGACGAAUAUGGAUCAUAUGUCGAAGAGGAAAUUGUCUCUGUUAUGGAGUGAUGCUGCGGCUCACCCAUGAAGUUUCGUUGCGUCACUUAGUUAGUAUGACUUACCACGCCUCUCAUCUUUUAUCGCUGGGUCGUUUGGUCUGCCCCUGAACUGAACCUAUCAUCUAUGUAAAUGUAUUACUAUGUUGCCAAAUCUUAGUAUCCGCCCAAGAGACCAGAAGGAGGAAAUAUCCACUAUCCCAUCAUUUUCUGGACGAUGGUUACAACACUUCGAAUGCUAUCUAGU